AUGGAGACAGCAAAUGAGACGUUGAAAACAGACUUCAUUCUUCUGGGCCUUUUCCCUGGGAUAAGACAUAUCAGCAUUCUUGUCUUCAUUAUCCUCCUGAUUUACACAAUCGCCAUUGCAGGAAAUACCACCCUGAUCCUCCUUAUCUGGGUAGAUCCCUGCCUCCACACCUCCAUGUAUUUUUUGCUUAGCCAACUCUCCAUAAUUGACCUGGCUUUUAUCUCUAGUACAGUCCCCAAAAUGGCAGUCAACUUUUUCUCUGGAAAGAGGAACAUCUCCCUGAUUGGCUGUGGGACCCAGAUCUUCUUCACCUUGACUCUGGGUAUUGCUGAGUGCCUCCUCCUGACCCUCAUGGCUUAUGAUCGCUUUGUGGCCAUCUGUCACCCUCUGAAAUACCCAAUCAUUAUAAACUACCAGGUCUCCCAGCAGAUGGCGAUUGGAUCCUGGGUAGGAGGGGCUCUAGCAUCUUUGGUCCACACAGCCUACUCCAUGCACUUUCCCCUCUGUGGGCCCCGGGAGCUCCACCACUUCUUCUGUGAGGUCAAGGCCAUCUUGAAGCUGUCCUGUGAGGACAUCUCUGUCUAUGAGAGAGGUGUGGUAGUGACCAGCAUUGUUGUCGUUCUUCUCCCCGUGAGUCUCAUUUUGACCUCCUACACCCUCAUUUUCCUUGUGGUCCUACGAAUGAACUCACCUGAGGGGAGGAACAAAGCUCUGGCCACUUGUUCUUCUCAUUUGACUGUGGUCACUUUUUACUAUGGUCCAGCCAUGCUGAUAUACAUGAGGCCUGGAUCCUCUCAUACCCCUAUCCUGAACCAGGCUCUCUUUAUAUUUGACACCAUCCUUACUCCUAUGCUGAAUCCCCUUAUCUACACUCUGAGGAACAAGGAGGUGGUGGGUGCUCUGAAGAAGGUGCUGGGGAGGUGCACCAUAUCAAAGUAG